AUGCAGGGCAAGCUGGACGCUGCAGCUCCUUGCAAGGAACCCAAUAAAGCGCUUGACCAGGACUGGACCUCACCAAAGCCGUGCAGUGCACCACGCAAUGCGAAAUACGGACUAUGGAGGACAGAAACAGAAAACCUCGAAUCUGGUCGACUUCAAACCCUGGCAUCUGAGCCCCCUCCCCCACUCCGUCUCGCGUUUGGCUCGGUAUUCCUGGUAAAUCCGCCCCCGGCAGAUCUCAGCUGCGACAAAGUCGACGUGGAGGGGGGGAUGCACAAGCGAAGGGAAACCCCCAUUUCCAAAAUCGAGGAAGCGGAUGCCGCUAGCUGCCUUUCCAGAAUCCCACCCUUCACGAAUUGGAAGCCAAACGUGUAUCGAUUGUCGAUUGUCGAAUCUCCGGCUUCCCCAAGGACCUCGUCUUAA